GGUAGAGAGAGCAAGGGAGGCAACAUCGAAUAAAGUAUAUUAUUCUAGUAUAUUCUGAUGGGUUGACUCUGUAUUCACGUCGUGAGUGAGUUUGAAAAUGUAUCUGGUGGAGAGCAAAGGAGGUGCCAUAGGGUGCAUGCUAUUGUCCCUUUUCUUCUUAGGGACAUGGCCUGCUGUAAUGACUAUGUUGGAAAGAAGAGGUCGUCUUCCUCAGCAUACUUACCUUGACUACACCCUCACCAAUCUCUUGGCUGCUGUUCUCAUUGCUUUCACUUUAGGUGAGAUAGGCAACAACAAACCAAACUUCUUAUCUCAGCUUUCUCAGCAUAACUUGCCUUCUGUUCUGUUUGCCAUGGCGGGUGGGGUAGUCCUUAGUGUUGGAAAUCUGUCCACACAAUAUGCCUGGGCUUUUGUUGGAUUAUCAGUUGUUGAAGUGAUCUCAUCAAGCAUAACUGUUGUUAUAGGAACAACUUUGAAUUACUUUUUGGACGACAGAAUCAAUAAAGCUGAGAUUCUUUUCCCAGGAGUUGGUUGUUUUCUGAUUGCAGUUUGUCUAGGCUCAGCUGUUCAUUCAUCUAAUUCUGCUGAUAAUAAGGCCAAGCUCAACGAUUAUUCAAGUCUUAACAGAGAUAGAGCUCAGGAUACUAGUUUAUCUACUUUGAAAGAAACAAAUGAAGUUGAUUCAAGGGAUCUAGAGAAUGGAAGUGAUCCUGCAUACAAAGCCCAAGCAGGAACUGCAGUUUUUCUUAUAGAACUUGAGAAAAGAAGAUCAAUUAAGGUGUUUGGUAAGAGCACUUUCAUUGGAUUGGCUAUUACAUUCUUUGCUGGAGUUUGCUUCUCUCUAUUCUCACCAGCAUUCAAUUUGGCAACAAAUGACCAGUGGCACACUUUAAAGAAAGGGGUUCCCCAUUUGAGUGUUUAUACUGCCUUCUUUUACUUUUCAGUUUCUGGUUUUGUUAUUGCCAUAAUUCUAAACAUCACCUUCCUUUACCACCCUAUCUUGAACUUACCCAAGUCAUCACUGAAGGCUUAUUUGAGAGAUUGGGAUGGAAGAGGUUGGGCUUUUUUGGCUGGUCUCCUUUGUGGCUUUGGAAAUGGCCUCCAAUUUAUGGGAGGUCAAGCUGCAGGAUAUGCAGCAGCAGAUGCUGUUCAAGCACUUCCACUUGUGAGUACCUUUUGGGGCAUAUUAUUGUUCGGGGAGUAUCGCAAAUCAUCAAGAAGAACAUAUAUAUUGCUUGGGGGCAUGUUGCUUAUGUUUAUUGCGGCUGUUGCAGUUCUCAUGGCAUCAGCUGGGCAUCGAAAAUGAUCAUAUAGCUUAAGGGAAAAUGUUGAUAAAGAUUGUUAGAGAUGCAAAAUAUGCACACACACUAUUAGUUCCAACUUCAGUACGAAAUAGAUUGUCCAGCACAAAGGGAGAAGUAUUCUCUAAUUAAGUUGAAUGGUGUUAAUCAGUGACAAACAAACUAUUUAGAAAAGGUGUCGAGCAAGAAAGUAAACUAGGAACUGAGCUGAAAUAUUCUUACUGAUAAUCAUUAUGUAUGUUGUUUUGUGUGUCAAAUAUUUGUAUCAUGAGAAUUUUUAAUUUAUACAAUGUUUUUGAAGCUUCCAGUA